AUUUUAUUCAAAAACCUCCAGAAAGGAGAAGCACAAACAGCAAGCAAUAAAAUUACAAAGAAAACAGAGAAAACGGGAAAACAAACGAACAAUACCCUCAUCCAGAAGGAAAGGACAACCAGAGUUAAAAUGGUUUGAUAAUGUCUUCUUGCGAUAACUUGAAUGAUACUUUGGACAAAACAUCAGAUGCAGUGGAACUUGGUCUCUCUAUAUCACGCUACGUCUUGACCAUCAUUGGAGUCGUUGCCAACUUGAUGGUGAUCAUUGUGUUCAUUAACUGCAAGAUUUACCGAAAAUGCUUCACAUAUCUUCUGCUAUUCCAACAGGCAUCUAUUGAUUUGUUUGGAUGCUGCUUUUAUCUAAUUUUAUUCAACUAUCGUGUACCAGAUGGUGAAUAUGGCAUUGUUUAUUGCAAAUCUAGAACUUUAUUCUGGAUGUUUGCAUCGGCUUCAACCUUCAAUCUUGUCUUUAUAUCUAUAGAGAGGUACAUCGCAGUUCUGCAUCCAUUGAAAUACUGGAUGAGAGGCAAAGUUAGAACCAAAAUGGUGCCGAAGCUGUGUGUCCCAUGGUUAUUCGCCAUACUUGUUGUAUUUCAGCUGGCCAUUCUUAGCGUGCCCGAUAAAUUAAGCCCAGGAAAAUGCAGGUACUGUUACAGCAGCGGAACCGUGCGGAUAAUCUCCGGCGGCUCAAUAUUUCUGUUGAAUUGGAUAAUUCCUAUUUUUGUUAUGACAUUUUGCUAUCGUCGUGUUUACAUCACGAUGCAAAAUCCGACGAUAAAUUUGCAUAAAUCCUCAAGCUCCGUACAAAUCGACCGCACCGACGAAACCACUGACGACACUGAAACAAAAGAUAAUGUCUUCACGGUAGAAGGUUCGCAGAAACAAUACUAUAGUAAGACUCAGAAAAAUUUUAUCGUAACUAUGGUCAUUACUACCAUUGUGUUUGCUGUCAGCAUCUCACCACUGUUAAUUGUGUAUCUCGUGUACGUUCUUUGCGACUGUUUUGAUUAUGACAGGCAUCCUUUCAGACAAGCAGCGAUCAUAUGCUUCGUAUCAAGUCUGGCUGCCAACCCAUUUGUAUAUGCGUUUAAGUUCAAUGAGUUCAAAAUAGGCUUUGAGAAGACAUUCAUUCGCCGACGACAUUAGUCACAAUGUUUACCAUAAUUGUAACUUUUCUGUCAACCUAUAGC